UGUCUCUCUUUGCGGAGGAAACCUUGGCCGUGAUUGACAGCACGGCUGUUUUUUGCCGCUUCCCUUGCUGUUGACAAGUAAUAAUGAAGCUUUGUCAGUCCAUCAUGGACAUGGAUAUGCCAGAUUAUGUUGACUCCUUGGACUCCUCUUAUACCAUGCUGGAAUUUGACAACCUUCGGGUGCUCCCCAAUAACACCGAGGUGUCUAACGGUCCCUGUUCUCUGCCGGCAGAGGCCAUCGCAGCCGAAUCGGCAAACACCAACCUGCUCACCAACGGCAUCAGCUCCCUCUGCUCCAUCUGUGGGGACCGGGCGACCGGCAAACACUAUGGGGCAUCCAGCUGCGAUGGCUGCAAAGGCUUCUUCAGGAGGAGCGUCCGCAAGAACCAUGUCUAUUCCUGCAGGUUCAGCCGACAGUGUGUGAUAGACAAAGACAAGAGGAACCAGUGCAGGUACUGCAGGCUGAAGAAGUGCUUCAGAGCUGGCAUGAAGAAAGAAGCCGUGCAGAACGAGCGUGACAGGAUCAGCAUUCGCAGGAGCAGCUACGAGGACAACGGCUCGCUCUCCAUCAACGUGCUCGCUCAGGCCGAGGCCAUGGCACAGCAGUAUUCAUCGCUGAGCCCGGUGCACAGCGUGGACAUUGCAAUGAAGAAAGUUGCAACCAUCAACGAUGUGUGUGAAUCCAUGAAACAGCAGCUUCUGGUGCUGGUUGAAUGGGCAAAAUACAUCCCGGCGUUUUGUGAGCUCCCGCUUGACGACCAGGUUGCCUUGCUCAGAGCCCAUGCAGGGGAACACCUGCUGCUCGGGGUAGCCAAGCGGUCCAUACCAUACACCGAUUUUCUGUUAUUAGGGAAUGACUUCAUCAUCCCAAUGCACUGCCCAGAACUGGAAAUCGCUCGUGUGGCCACCAGAAUCUUGGAUGAAUUGGUGAAGCCCUUGAGGGACAUCCAGAUCGAUGACAAUGAGUACGCUUGCCUUAAAGCCAUCAUCUUCUUUGAUCCAGACUGCAAAGGCCUGAGUGAGCCUGGGAAGGUGAAGAACAUGCGCUUCCAGGUCCAAGUCAACCUGGAGGACUACAUCAAUGAUCGCCAGUACGACUCCCGAGGCCGGUUCAGCGACAUCCUCCUCCUGCUGCCCCCGCUGCAGAGCAUCACCUGGCAGAUGAUAGAGCAGGUCCAGUUCGUGAAGCUCUUUGGUGUGGCCAGGAUUGACAGCUUGCUGCAGGAGAUGCUGCUUGGAGGAACCACCAUUGAUCUCCAGUACCAGUCAGGACCUCCCAACCUCAACCUGGAACCGCUGCCAGGACACGUCCUCCCAAGCAACAUGAGCUCUGUGAUUCACACCGCUCCAGACCCAUCUCCUGAAACAUCCCUUCCAUCUCCUUCUACAAGCACAGGCAGUGAAGACUAUAAACUAGGCUCUAGCGCAGGACCCAACGCCGUAGCGCAGCUCUUGCCUCAGACAGUGAUACCCAAGCAGGAGAUCUUAUAGGGAGAGGUGGAAGGAGAAGCUGGGAGCAAUGUGGAAACCGUGCUGAAAGUGAAAUGGGCCCUUUCUCUUUGCAGAGGCAAAGCACAGCAACCCCCUGCACGUAGCUGGAUCUGUCGGUCACACUCUUUCCCGUCCAUGAGUCGAGCACCAGGUACCGGACUGCAGCAGGAGCCUCACCACGGGUCUUCCCACCACUGUCACCCUCAUUUCACACGUGAUUGGGGUUAAUGCGCUUUGCAGUAGGACCAAGACUGUAAGCUCGUUGAAGCGGGGCUUCUGAUUGCAUGUGUUAUCACCUAGCUCAGUGCAAUCACGACGCUUUUAAAGCCUUCCGCCGCUAUCUUCGUAAAACCAAAUGCCUUGCACAGCUCCUGGUAAUCGUUAAUGAGUACAGCGGGUCUUGAAUUGUCAGUAUGAAAAGGUCUAUUCCCAUUAAAAAUUUAAUUACACUCCCAUUUCUCCUGCUGCAUGUUAAGCUUUAGGAAGGACACCUACGUAACCCUUAGCAAGCCAACACUUUUAUUCCGCACAGAUGUGGAGUAAGAAAGAUUCCAUAUAGACCAACUAACAUGUAAUGCUGGUCAGUUAUUAUUUGUGACCAGGAAUGGCAACAUUUUGUUAUUUUCUGUAAUUUCCAGUAUAUCUAGAGUCCAGUUGUGCACAUUUCUUGUGUGCACAUCUAACACAGCUCCGAGAUGGCAGCAAGGAUCUCUGCAUAAGACCAUGGCUGCUGGGUCAUAUUUGCAAAGACAUUCAGAAGAAGCAACGGUCCCAACAAAAACCAAACACACACACACACACUGUUUCUCUCUUACUUUUCCCAGUGCACAGAUAAGAUUUUGCUGCAGCUUUAUGUGUCUUUGUAAUGCCUGCCAUCUAACCUUCAAAGCUCUAAAUUAGCAAAAAGAAAAAAAAGGGAGAGGCAGGUUUUCUGUGAGCCAUGUAUUUUAAAAGAUGUUUGUGUUUAAAACAUAAGGUGCUUCUGCACUUAAUACAGAACUUAAUCAGCAGUAAGUGACCAACUAUUAACCAUGUUACAGCUACUUAAAACAAUCCCAAUAGAUGACUAUACAACCUCAAACUUCCCCAAAGUUAUUUUGCAUAAAUUGAACCUCAUUAGAAAGCAGACCGCUGGACUUCUGUCCAGAGGAGCACGAGUUUUGCAGAAGUCCGAUGACCUCCAGACAGCUCCCGAGGGGGUACGGGCAGCCGUACUGACCCGUAGGACACAAUGGAGAAUUCUUAGUUCUGCAACAUCGCGCAAAGCUCUCAACCCACGUGCACUCGUUCACAGCAAAAAUAUGAAGUUUAUUUUACCGACACUCGUGAAGCACUUUGAGAUCCUCAGACGGAGCAAAUACAAUCUCACUGACUGAAGGAGAAGUUGGGAAGAGCACCCAAACCCCCAUCAAAAGGGGAAUACUUUGACAAAGUAUUUGAGAGUGACCAUUCUACAGCACAAGAGAUCUAAAAAAAACAUUGAAGACCGGGUUGAAUUUCACCUAGGAUCACAUUGUUUUAUUUUUCAACUGCCUAUGAUGAAUUUGAUCUGUCAUUAUAUGCCGAUAACUUUGAUUUGAAACAGCUAUAUCUGGAAACCAGGUGCCACUGCAAGCAUUCCUGCUGCAUGGCAGAUGCAACUGCACUUACCUAACAUUGCUUCCAGUUCCUCCAUCAUGUAAUUACAUUACUUUUCUAGAAAUUAAAUGUACAUUUAUACUCAUUAAUGGUAAGAAAAUAAAUCUGUGGGAAAUAAAUUCCAUAUUCUCAUAUUUCAUAUGGACACUUUGCCUUUUUUCUUUAAUUCAAAGCCAAGUUUUCAAGUUUAUUGAUUUCUCCAAUGCCCUAGGGAUUUAUUUUUCAUGGAAAAGAAUCAUCUAUGCCUGCAAAGCCCAGCUUUCACUUGAGACUGAUGUAAUUAACAAUCUAAGAUAUUAGCUGAUAAAAGAAAAUAAAAUUGCCCAGGAACAAGUAGAUAUCAGACUCUGCCUCCAGUGUUCAUCUAGUCUGGUGAAGGUUUACAGCAAGAAUAAUUUACUGUCUUACAGGAGCUGGUAUUAAAUUAAACCACUAUUUUUAUGCAAACAUACCUUGGCAGUGACUAUUUUAUUAAGCUUCUGCUUUAUUGGAAUCAUCAUUUUGUUAAUAAAAGAGGUUCGAAGCCAUCAUUUAAAAAUAGUUUAGUUGUCUGGCAAGAUGCGAGCUGGUUUGACAGAUCAACAUGAAUUGUGCAUCUCAGGUAAUAAAGCUUUACCUGUUUCUCUAAGUUAUCAAUUUUCUUAACAAUUAUAACAUUU